AUGGAUCUUAAGGCUAAAAAUGUCGGCGAUGCCGAUAACUACUCCGGCAUCAAGGUUAGCUACUCCUACUAUAUCGAGAUUAACCACGGCCUUCCUGAAGAGCCCGAGAUAACUUCAACUAAGGACGCUAAGCCUAAGCCCACUGAGGAUUCGAAGCCUAGCCUUACUCAAGACAGUCUCAUCGACACAUACACAUCCUUCUACCAGGCUGCCAAGGGAGACACUUGCACUAAGAUCAUUGCUAAAUAUAAGACGUUUGACUUUAAUGACUUCUUCAAGUGGAAUCCCGCCGUAGAGGAGGAUUACAGUGGCCUCUGGGCCAAUACCUACUACUAUGUAGGCAUCCCUAGAACUCCCACCAGCCCUCCCUCUCAGACUACCGCGACUGAGACGGCCGUGGAGACUGGUCCAUCAAAGCCCAGCCCUACGCAAGAAGGUCUCAUCGAGAGCUACACCUCUUUCUACUUCGCUACCAAGGGCGACACUUGCGCCAAGAUCGUGGCUAAGUAUGGCACCUUCGACUUUAAUGACUUCUAUAAGUGGAACCCGGCCGUGGGCAAGGACUGUGGCGCCAUUUGGGCGAGCACCUACUACUAUGUAGGUGUUCCCGGGACACCCACCACCAAGCCUGCUCCAACUACACCGAAGCCUACGGCGACAAGCGGCAUCGAGACUCCCUCACCAAUUCAAGAGAACAUGGUUCAGAACUGCAACAAGUUCCAUAAAAUCAUGUCCACCACGACGUGCUCUUCGAUCGAGUCAUACUACAAGUUGCCGCUUGCAACCUUUCUGUCAUGGAACCCUUCUGUUGGCAAGGAUUGCAGUGCUCUGUGGGUCAACUACUAUGUCUGCGUGAGUGUCGAGGGAUAUCAGCCCUCUACGACAACCGCCAAACCCACCACGACCAAGGCGCCGACAAAUGGUAUCGAGACUCCCUCGCCGAUCCAAGACGGUAUGGUCAAGAACUGUAACAAGUUCCACAAGAUCAUGUCAACAACCACUUGCUCCUCAAUCGAGUCAGCAUUGUUGGUCAACUACUACGUCUGUGUGAGCGUCGAAGGAUGGAAGCCGUCCACGACAACAGCCAAGCCCACGACCACCCAGGCGCCAGCCAACGGUAUUCAGACCCCUUCGCCAAUUCAGAAUGGCAUGGUCAAGAACUAUGAAAAGUUCCACAAGAUCAUGUCCACGACCACCUGUACAUCUAUUGAGUCAUACUAUAACCUCCCUCUCGCAACCUUUCUCUCGUGGAACCCCGCUGUCGGCAAGGACUGCACAUCCUUGUUGGUCGACUACUACGUUUGUAUCGCCACCAUCAGCUGGAAGCCCCCCACCAAGACCACAACCAAGGCACCUACAACCACAAAGGGGCCCUCGAAUGGAAUCUCUACGCCUUCACCAAUCCAGGCUGGCAUGGUCAGCAACUACAACAAGUUUCACCUCGUCAAUUCGACCACCACCUGCACAUCCAUCCAGAACUACUACAAGAUCACCAUGGCAGACUUUGCCAAGUGGAAUCCUACAAUCGGGUCUAAGUACACUGCCCUAUGGGCUAACUACCACGUGUGCAUUGGUAUCAUAGGCGGAACCCCCACCAACCCAGGGAACAGUAUUUCAACGCCCUCGCCAAUUCAGCCCGGCAUAGUUAGCAACUACAAGAAGUUCCAUCUCGUUUCAAGCACAACCACGUGCGCUUCGAUUCAAGACUAUUAUAAGAUCACAAUGGCGCAGUUUGCCAAGUGGAACCCAGCGGUCGGUGAGAAAUGCACAGCAUUGUGGGCUUAG